CACUGCUGUCGCUCAGGGCAGCGGGGGCUUUGCGCCAUCAUGCAACAGCACCAGCACCACAUGCGAGUUCACUGAUCUACUGUGUGGACUCACAUACAGCAUCAGCGUGACUGCCUCCGACCACACGUGUACCAGUGCACAGAGUCUAAGCAUAGAGCUGGACACAGUUCCAUGUAAGCCACAGGGAAUCAUCACUCAAAUGGAGUGUGGCAGCCACACAGGUGUAGUGUCAUGGGAACAAGGAGAGGACGUUGCCUCCUACCUGGUCUAUGCAUCCAGUCCAGAUGGGCACCAAACACACUGUAGCAGUCCCACCUCCAGCUGCAAAUUAGACAACCUGCAUUGUGGCCAAGCCUACAACCUCACAAUCACUGCCCAGGACAGCCACUGUGACAGCCAAAAUGCCUUUUCAACAUUACAGUCAGUUCCUUGUACACCUACCAACGUGCAAACAUCUCUCGUUUGCCUGUCUAACUCUGCGGCUGUGACGUGGCAAAGUGCCAGUGGGGCGCUGUCCUACCAGGCUGAGGGCAUCACCGUGGACGGCACCCAUACGGCCAACUGCAGUAGCAGCAUGACUCACUGUAAUCUGGAGCAUCUGCUCUGCGGACAGACAUAUAAUGUGUCAGUGCUGUCCACGGACCAUUCAUGCAGCAGCGAAGAGAGUCUGUUCACACAAGUGCAUACUGCGCCCUGUCCUCCUCAGGCCGUAGAUGUGAAGGUGAACUGCUCUGCUGGCCUCAUGACUGUCACAUGGGUAGCCAAUCCAGAUGCAGAAUCUUUCCAUGUGAGAGCAGCGACCAGUGGAGGAGCUUUGCUGACAUGUGAUUCCACUAGCACCAGCUGUUCAAUCACUGGCUUGCCAUGCGGACAAUCAUAUUCUAUCACUGUGACGUCUGUCAGGGGUGGCUGUGAGAGCCAGCCCAGCACGGCUGUCAAUGUUACCUCAGCUCCUUGUGUUCCACACGGAGAGGCAGGAAACCUGGACUGUGUUACCAACUCAGCCUGGGUGACAUGGUUACAAGCGAUGGGGGCAGAAUCGUACUCUGUGCUGGCAGUGGAAAGAGGCGGAGCUAACUCCAGCUGCUCAGCUACAGAUCUGCACUGCAAUGUUCCUGACCUGCUAUGUGGAGCCACGUACACCUUCCACAUCACUGCUGUGAACUCAUUCUGCCACAGCGGACCCAGCAACUCCUUCCAGAUUCAGACAGCUCCAUGCGCCCUCACCUCCAUCACUGCACACACGGACUGUUACAGCAGCCAUAUAACAGUUAGCUGGCAGCUGAAUGAAGGGUCCUCCUUCUAUGUGGCCACAGCUGAAGGUCAUGACCAAAGCAUUUUGAUGUGCAACAGCACAAGCACGUCCUGUGACCUCGCCACAGCGAAGUGUGGAAUGCAGUACACCAUUAUAAUCUCUGCGUCCUCCGACAAAUGCAGCAGCUUGCGGAGUCCUCCUCUUAAGAUGCACACAGCACCUUGUGCUCCUCAGAAUGUCACAGUGAAUCCAGUGUGUGACUCAAACGGCAUGAUGGCAUCAUGGUCACCCUCUUUGGUUGCCGAGUCAUACUCGCUCACGGCCAGCAGCAGAGACGGAGAUGUGCGAACCUGCAGAAGCAUCACGAACAACUGCACCCUGUUUCACUUGCACUGUGGACAGAUUUACGACGUUAGCAUAACUGCUUCGGCUGGAAACUGCACCAGCUUGGCCAGUCAGCAGGUCACCUUCCACACUGUGCCCUGUGCGCCACAGAACAUGAGUGUAGCGGUGCAGUGUGACACCAGGACUGCCAUACUCUCCUGGGAGGAGAGCCAAGGCUCCCUGCAGUACUUCACAUGGGCCCAAACCAUGGAUGGACACACGCUUCACUGUGACACCACGGGCACUUCAUGUAGCCUCCGUGGACUGACGUGUGGGACACUGUACAACUUCACUGCGCAGGCUUCAGAUGGAACCUGUAACAGCUCCCUCACUGUGCCAGUCCAGAGGGGAGCAGUCCCAUGUCCUCCGGGCACCGUGAGGGUGAGAACCCACCUGAUGGGCGAUGCCACUCUAAUCAGAGUCUCCUGGAAUUCUGUGGACUGUCCUAACGUCACGUACCUGGUGCAGGUGACCGGCCAUAUCCAAGACAACCCACAGUCUAAUAUGGACGUGUCAUCCUAUUGGACAAACGGCAACUACUUUGAUUUCCCUGUGCCCUGUAGCACCUCUUACAAUGUGACAGUCCUUGCACAAAACUCAGCUGGGACCAGCAGACCUUCUCAGGCUGUUACUGGAGUCACAGUGCCCUGUCCGCCGAUGGACGUCACCUUCACGGGUGAUCAUUCCUCCGCCACAGUGUCCUGGAGCUCGUCAGUUCUGAGCACAGGAUACAAGGUUUACCAGCUGCGUUCUGAUGGUCAGGUGCCUGUCUGUCUCACCUCAGACCUCAGCUGUCAGGUCUCCGGCCUGCUGGCCUCCGAUGUUGCUGUGACAGCCUGGAACGGUGCAGGAGAGAGUUUUGCCUCUAAAGUCCUUACUGGCCAAACCUUAAACCGUCAGAAGAGAAAUCUGAGAUAUGCAAAGUUGAAUGCAGCACUGACUCCUGAGCAGCUGUCCGUCCCUGAGGUGAAGGUUGCUCGUGUGACAGGACAGUCACUGCAGGUCGAGUGGUCUCGGGUGACAGGCGCGGAUUCCUACACCCUAAUCCUAACUGAGGACACCCCGUCUCUGCCUGCGGAGGAGGUUCUGUCCGUGUACAAGACUGAGAUCACCACAGUUACUGACCUAAAACCUGCCACACGUUACUGCGUCGUCGUGUCUGCCAAACACGGCAGCAUCCAGAGCGCCUACUCCCAACCUGUGUGUGUCACCACUGAGUAAACUGGCUUCCUGCCGGGUGGACUGGACAGGGAUGUAGAUACAGAGCGUUCAGAUCUCUGAACAAGAAUCUUCUCUUUCUUAUGUUCCAUGAUCACAAUGAAAAAGACACCAAAAUCAGCCUAUUUGUCCUAUCAGAAAAUUUAAACAAAUAUAAUUUAAAAUCCUUGACUGAUUAUGUCUAAUCCUUUUCUAAUGAACCCAAUCAUAAUAAAACAAAUUAUUGAAUUUCUGUAAUGUAAUAUCUAAUAUAUAAUCAUUUCUGUUGAUUGAAAAGCAAAGAUAAGGUCACUUAAAAUGAAGAAUAUAUGUGAUUGACCAUAGAAACAUGUAACUUCUAGUUUUUUAAGAAAGUUUUGCAUUUAUCUUGAAAAGUCAUUUUCUGUAACCAGAUCAUAAAAUGAUUGAAUCUUUAUGUAGUUAGAUCAAAUAAAUGGUUAAUUUAUCAAGCAUUAUUUUUAUUUUAUUUUUAUACAUUGUAUUUUCUAUCUGAUGUAUACAACUUACAUAGCUUUGUAGCUCUGUUAUCAAUCUGCAGUAGUACUUUUUAUAAAGCCAUAUGAAAGAAUUAAAGUCUG